UGAUUUUAACCGACCAGGGCCAAACCGCGUAGAAUGAAGCUUCUGUACAACUACUACUACUACUACCCCGCUAAUAUAAGCUGAAGUAAUCCUCAAAGUCCCCGGUAUUUUAUGCCUAUAAAAGAGAUCCAAACGCACUCCAGUCCUGUCAGAUUGCUCCCAUCUUCUUUUUUCUCCAUUCUUACAUAAUUCUGCCUCCUGCAUUCAAGCAAGUGCCCCACACAUUGACAUCAACUUCCUAAUCGACAGGCUACAAAAUCAGGGUAUCAAUUUACUCAAUGCCUCAAGAAGUCAUCAGCACAACAAUUAUGAAGAUUAAACACCCGGAGCAUGAGCAUGAGCUUGAGCUAAAAAAUUAUCAAAAGCCAUACAUGUGUGAUGGAUGCAAGGAGCAUGGGUAUGGAUCAAGAUAUAGAUGUGAGCUUUGCGACUUUGAUCUCCAUAAGGAAUGCAUGUUCACCUCCCCUGAAACUUACCAUGAGUUCUUUAAGGAAUCCACCUUCAAAUUCUACAAUCAAUCACCAGGAAAAUGCUGUAUCAGAAACUGCGACGACUGCAGAAGGUAUUGUGAUGCAUGUGGAAAGGCUAUAAAUGGCUUUGUUUACCACUGUGAAGCAAAGGGCUGGGAUUUACAUCCAUGUUGUCGCAACCUCAAAAAUAAAAUUUACAUUGAUGGUGAGAAAUUCCGGCUUAGCGAUAAGGCGUCAAAGAAAUGCAUAUGGUGCAAGAAGAAGAGGGUUCCAAAUAGUGUCAAGGGCAUCCCAGGCUGGUCUUAUGUGUCAAAGAGUGAGAAUUACCAUUUUCAUGUGUAUUGCGCAAUGGAAAUGGUCCUUGAGAGCUGGAACAAUAGGCCUAAAGAUAAUAAUAGCUGUUUGGCAUUGGAGAACUUGGAGCUACCACUUCAACCUAAUUCAAGUCGAAGCAGAGGAGGUAGCAGCAAGUAUUUGCGGAUAGUUAAGAUAUUCCUUAAGACCAUUGUAACAAUUCUUUUAGGGGAUCCCACCAUAACUUUGGCUUGCCUCCUUGUGGAACUGGUGUCUUAGUGAUCCUCAGGGUACUGCAGCUAGUACCCGAGAUAUUAGAAAGGAUUUGUAUCUUCUGUUUUUAAUGGGGUUGUUUGAUGUUCCUUGGGCUUUAGGAAAAUUUCAUUGAUUGCAAUUUUUGCUUAGUAUUCUUCUGCUUUUAUGUUGUAAGCUCUUUGCCUGCUA